AUGGAAGCAUCCUCCGAGAACACGGAGCAGGGUGGGCAGCUGGUGCUGGUCCGUCGGCGCCUCCCGCCGCCCUCGGGCCUGCGCGAGGCCCUGAAGGCUGGGCUGCGGCGGAGCUGCGCCUGCAGCCUGCAGGGCGCCUGGGCGCAGCUGCAGGCCCUGUUCCCUGCCAUCUGCUGGCUUCGCGGGUACCGGCCCCGGGAAGCACUGGCGGGCGAUGUCAUGUCCGGGCUGGUCAUCGGCAUCAUCCUGGUGCCGCAAGCCAUCGCCUACUCGCUGCUGGCCGGGCUGCAGCCCAUCUACAGCCUCUACACGUCCUUCUUUGCAAACCUCAUCUACUUCCUCAUGGGCACCUCGCGCCACGUCUCCGUGGGCAUCUUCAGCCUGCUCUGCCUCAUGGUGGGCCAGGUGGUGGACCGUGAGCUCCUGCUGGCUGGCUUCGACCCCUCCCAGGACGGCCCGGGGCCCGGGGCCAACCGCAGCAGUCUCAACGACUCAGCCACCGUGCCAGUGCUUGAGCUGCAGGACUGCGGGCGGGACUGCUAUGCCAUCCGCGUGGCCACGGCCCUCACGCUGGUGGCUGGGGUUUACCAGGUUCUCAUGGGCAUCCUCGGGCUGGGCUUCGUGUCCACCUUCCUCUCACAGCCGCUGCUGGACGGCUUCGCCAUGGGGGCCUCGGUGACCAUCCUGACCUCCCAGCUCCGGCACCUGCUGGGUGUGCAGGUCCCGCGGCACCGGGGGCCGGGCCUGGUGGUCAGCACAUGGCUGAGUCUGCUGCGUGGCGCUGGGCAGGCCAACCUGUGCGAUGUGCUCACCAGUGCCGUGUGCCUGGCCGUGCUGCUGGCCGCCAAGGAGCUCUCGGACCGCUUCCAGCACCGCCUGAGGGUGCCGCUGCCUGCCGAGCUGCUGGUCAUCGUGGUGGCCACGCUUGUGUCCCACCUCGGGCAGUUCCACGAGCGCUUCGGCUCUAGCGUGGCGGGUGACAUCCCCACUGGCUUCGUGGCGCCUCGGGUGCCAGACCUGGGGCUGAUGUGGCGGGUGGCACUGGACGCUGCCUCCCUGGCCCUCGUGGGCUCCGCUUUCUCCAUCUCGCUGGCGGAGAUGUUUGCCCGCAGCCAUGGCUAUGCUGUGCGCGCCAACCAGGAGCUGCUGGCCGUGGGCUGCUGCAACGUGCUGCCUGCCUUCUUCCACUGCUUCGCCACGAGCGCCGCCCUGGCCAAGAGCCUGGUGAAGACGGCCACGGGCUGCCGCACGCAGCUGUCCAGCGUGGUUAGCGCCGCCGUGGUGCUGCUGGUGCUCCUGGUGCUGGCGCCGCUGUUCCGGGACUUGCAGCGGAGCGUGCUGGCCUGCGUCAUCGUGGUCAGCCUGCGUGGGGCCCUGCGCAAGGUGCGGGACAUCCCGCGCCUGUGGCGGCUCAGCCCCGCCGACGCGCUGGUCUGGGUGGCCACGGCGGCCACCUGCGUGCUGGUCAGCACCGAGGCUGGGCUCCUGGCCGGCGUCCUGCUCUCGCUGCUCAGCCUGGCCGGCCGCACCCGCCGCCCGCGCACCGCCCUGCUCGCCCGCGCUGGGGGCUCCAGCUUCUACGGAGACCCGGCAGAGUUCGAGGGCUUGGCCCCUGAGCCCGGCGUGCAGGUGUUCCGCUUCAUGGGGCCGCUCUACUACGCCAACAAGGACUUCUUCCUGCAGUCACUGUACAGCCUCACGGGGCUGGACGUGGGCUACGUGGUCGCCAGGAGGAAGGAGAGGGGCCCCGGGGUGGGGGCCAGCGAGGGAGACCCCGUGGGGGGCAGGGACCCGAGCUCUGGGAGUGGCACGGCCUCGCUGGUGCCCGCAGUGACCCGCUUCCAUGCGGUGGUCAUCGACUGUGCCCCGCUGCUGUUCCUGGACGUGGCUGGCCUGGCCACGCUGCAGGAGCUGCAUCGAGACUACGGGGCCUUGGGCAUCAGCCUGCUCCUGGCCUGCUGCAACCCCUCGGUAACAGACAUGCUGAGAAGAGGCGGCUUCCUCGGGGAGGACCCGGGGGACGCGGCCGAGGACGGGCAGCUGUUCCCCAGCGUGCACUGUGCCGUGCAGGCGGCCCGCGCUCGCCACCAGGAGCUGGCGGCCGCCAACUCCAUCCUCUAGCGGAGCCAGCGCCUGCGGCCAGCCCCCACACCCACUGCCCACCACGGCCACCCUCCGUUGCCUGGUUCCUCUAACCUAGAGAAGCCGGGGAUCCCAAACGGGACUGAGGGCCACACUGGACACACACGAGGACCCACACUGCACCCCGAGCCAGACGCGGCCCCAGUGUCACGCUGGGCACAGUGCUGCGUGCCCACAGUACAUGGAGCCAGUCUGACACUUGGCGUCCUGUCUUACUCGGAGGACCCUGAGGCAGUCACCUGGCAUCCAAGGUGCCAAAAGGACAUAGGUCCUUUGACCUGCCAGCCCCCACCCCCCUGGUGAGAGCUGGCAGCUCUGGCCAGGGACGUGAGAGUCUCUGUCUAGGAAACCCCAGACUGCACACACCCAAGUGUCUCUCACACCGUGUACCUCAGCCCCUCUGGGCCUGGCAGGGCCAAAGGCAGAUGGGACCAACAUGACUGCAGCCUGGGCCUGACGGGGCGACCCCGCACAGCCCGAGCAGAGCAAGAGUGCCCACUUGCCGCUGCGGGGUCCAGCUGUGCCUCCAGGCUGGCUUCCAGCAAGGCAGGGGGUCUUUGCCGAGAAGCAGAAGGGCAUUGGCUCCCUGUGCCCCCGUCAGGGCCCGUGCUGCGCUGUCCUCCUCUCAGUCUUGUCCGCACCUCCCCCACGGGCUCUGCCCAGCGGCCCAGCCCCUUUGU